AUGCCAGUGGAAAAUGCAAAUAAUGUUGAAUUGUCUUAUUACGAUGAGGAAUCGGAAGAAGAGUCAGUCUAUGAAAAAGACGAUGCAUAUGAUUAUAUAGAGGAAGAAGAAGAUGAAGAAGAGGACGACGACGACGAGGAGUAUGAAGAUGAAGAAUAUAUAGAAAGUGUGACUAAAAAAAGUAAGUUGAAUAAUAGACAAUCUAAAAUAAUUAACAGAAGUUCUACUAGAAUAUAUUCAAAAAAGAACAAUGAUACAAAAAAUGAUGAACAUAUUGUUAAUUCUUCAGUAAGAAAAGAGAUUGUUCCCAUAAUUAAGGAUGAUGAUGAUGAUGAUGAUGAAAAAGAGGAAGAAAAAGAAAAACAAAAUGAAAUAGAAUUCGAGGACAAUCGACAGAUAGCUAUUGAGGAAGAAGAAGAAGAAGAAGAUAUAGAUACGGAUGAAGAUGAAAUUGAAAUACCUGAAGUUAGUGAAACCCCAAUGCCCGAUGUUGAGGAUAUAGAGGAAGAAGAACAGGGGGAGGAAGAAGAAAAUACAAGUACUAAUGAUUAUCCAAUUAGUCUAGAUAUAAACAGUAAAGAAUCUACUGCAGAUAUAUCUAAAAGGAUUGUACGUUCUAGAAUGUUAAAAGAUAUCCUAGAUUAUUCGGACUCAAACAAUAAACAAGAAGAAAUGUUAACCGAAGAAGAGAUCCAAUUACGUAAAGCAGAAAAUGCACGUAAACGUAAGAAUUUAAAAGAUAAGAAAUUGGAAGAAGAGAAAAGAGAUACAAUCAACAAGCUACUGAAGAAACGUGCGGGAAAGACCCGUUCUAGACAACAAGGUAAUGAUGAUGAGAAUUCCAAAGCUUCUACAAACAAAGACAGAUUCAUUAAUGGUGAUGAUAAUAAUAAUGCUAAUCAGAUAACAUCUAUCUUUCGAAAACCGAGACGCCCUUAUUUAACGGAUGGAAUGGUUCGUACAAUAAUUGCUGCUGAAAAGAUUCUUUACUGUCCACGAGAUUGA